GCUUUCCACCGUGCACAUGAGACGUAUCUCGUUCCGGACACACUGAAAUCUGCCUAUGGCGAGCCUGCGGUCUUACCUACUUUUUCUUGUACUACAAUCACUUACCUUUGGCAAUGCACAGGCAACCCACCCGCUGCAGCCCUCUUUGCUUCACACGGCAGAUACAAGCGCGAGGCGUAUCACGAUUCAGAGUUCGCGCCUCAUAUACUCGCCGAUAAUGGCAUCCAGGUCGUUCUGAAGGUCCGCCACCCGUACACGUUCGUUAAUGCUUAG